AUGGCUUCGUUCAUCACCACCAUGUCUGUCCCCGCUACCCCUCCCGCUGCUCAUUUCCCUUCCCCUGAGGAGCCUGCCUCUCGCUCCCCGCAAUCCCACCUCCCUUCCGUUAUCAGCCCUUCCGCUCUGUAUCAGACUACUCGCACUUCCCAUAUCCCCUUCUCGGACCCUCCAUCUUACCUGUCUCCAGCGGUGCGCGCACUCAAACAGGGCUGCUUUGGACUAACACCUCCCAGCAAUGCACGGACACGUGCCCCCUUCAAGCCUCGUUCGGCCGCCAAGGGCACGAGCAGUUAUCAGCUUCGACAGUUCGCCGAAGCCACACUUGGAAGUGGUAGUUUGCGCAAGGCCGUGAAGCUACCCGAGGGCGAAGAUCAGAAUGAAUGGCUCGCCGUCAACAUUGUCGACUUCUACAACCAGAUCAACCUUCUCUACGGCUCAAUAACUGAGUUCUGCUCACCGCAGACGUGUCCCGAGAUGAAGGCUACAGAUGAGUUCGAGUACCUCUGGCAAGACUCGGAGAAUUUCAAGCGGCCAACCAAGAUGUGUGCCCCGGAAUACAUUGAACACUUGAUGGCCUGGGUUCAGAGCAAUGUCGACAACGAGCAAAUGUUCCCUAGCCGGAUCGGUAUGUUUUUAGGAGUCAUUCGUUACAUAGUAGAUCUAUUGCUUACUCGUAUUUCUUUUCCAGGUGUCCCAUUCCCCAAGACCUUUCCCAGUCUUCUCCGCCAGAUCUUUAAACGUCUAUACCGUGUCUACGCCCAUAUCUACUGUCACCAUUACCCAGUGGUAGUGCACCUCGGCCUUGAGCCUCACCUCAACACCAGCUUCAAGCAUUAUGUCUUGUUCAUUGACGAGCACAAGCUGGCCAGUGGGAAGGAUUUCUGGGGACCGCUGGGUGAUUUGGUGGAUAGUAUGUUACGCAGUGACUAA